AUGCUUGCCGGUGAUGACACAGCGGAACAGCAUCCAUCCGAACGGAAGCGAACAAAACGUACCUCUUCCACUGUAGCCGAGUCUUCGGAAGAUUCGGACGACGAGUCUGACGACUCUGACGCAUCGUACGACAUCGAUGAUGGUGUGACCGUAACACAUGUGUCCAAAUCGAAGGCGAAGUCUGCCGAAGCUCCCCCAGACACGAAGCCAACCGUCCGGACCAAGUCUGCGGCCAACGGGGCGAUUGAACAAAAGCACAAAGCGGGAUUGAAGACGAAGACAAAAGAGGAGGAACAAAUGCAGCCGGUCGCGGUGGAAGAAAGUAGUGAUGAAAGUGAUUUUGAUUUGGAGGCGGCUUUGAAUGAACCAGAGGAGAAUGAGGAUAGUGGAUCAGACGCGGACGCAUCCGCACCUGAUCAGGUGACCGAUUUCGAGCUAAGCGAGAGCGAAGACGAUGAUGAGGUGGAGGAGGAGGAGGACGGUGAUGAUUUCGACGACGAGGACGUUGACGACGAUGAGGAGGAGAAUGGGGAAGGAGUGGACACACGUAAACCGAAAUCCAAGUCGAAAACUACCGUCGGUCACGGGCCUAAGCGACAAAAGUCGUUUGGUCUUAAAAAGUCAGAUGCUCGUACGGGAUCAAUAAAUAAAACAUUGAAGCGUCCUCCUGGUGGACGGCCACCUCAACCGAAGCCCAAGAAAAUGAAAUUUUCUGGGGGCAAGAAGGCCAAUCUGAAAACCAAACACCACGGAAAACAGUGA